CAUAUAUCAUAGCUCCAGACUUCUGACAGUCCAGCCACGUUGUGGUCUGGUUGUAAACUCUGCUUGUGAGCACCCGAGCACCGGAGCACUGCUCUCACACACGCCCCCCAACCAUGACAGUGAUCACUUCGAUUUGCGUGGCGUUGCUCGCACUUGUCGGGAACUCGUCGGCGUUCUCCUUCUCUCCUUCUGCGACCGCGUUGCGCCGUGAUCGUUCGCCAAAGGUAGCUCGGCAACAACAUGCUCGAGUUGCCAACGCGCCCCAGGCUCUACCUUGGACUCCACAAAGCAAUACCGUCAGCAGAGAGGGAGGCACUGUCAUGCUGAAAGCCUCAGACCUUCCUGCAGCUGGUGGGGGGGGUGGCGCCUCGUCCCGCCCCCCUUUGGAUUUGGCUGCUGUGGCGAAGUACAUCGCUGGAACGGCUGCGGAGUUCACCAUCAUCAUGGGGUUGCUGGCGCUGAUGCAAGGGAAGUUGCUACCUCGCCUACCCGGAAAAUGGGCAAAGCGAACGGUGUUUCUCACGUUCGGCUUCCUAGCCAUGAAAUCGAGAACAUUCAGCUUGCUGAACGCGCGUCGUCCCUCCCUGGCGAAGGAGAAAGAGGAGAAGAUUGAGCGUCGCCGUCCAGACUGGAUGCCGCCUAUCAAAGCCUUCCCCGUCAUCUGGAUCACCAUUGGUGUGCUGAGGGCACUUUCAACCGCCAUGGCGAGUGUGUGGGAAGCUCUCGGAGGUAACCUAGUGGCAACUCCGAUCGCGGCCAUGGUGCUCCACCUCAGCGUCGGCGACACGUGGAACCACAUCAACAACGUCGAGAAGAAGCUCGGAGUGGCUGUGUCCGGUGUCUUCCUAGUGUGGCUGAGCGUCGCGAAUGCAGUGUACCGCUACUACCAAGUGCUGCCCAAGGCUGGCCUGGUGCUCCUGCCCAGUCUUUUGUGGAUAUCCGUCGCGAACCUGCUUGUGCAGUCCAUCUGGCGCCUCAACGGAAAGGAGCCCCUGUACCCGCCCAAGCAAACCCCCUGAAGGCUUCCUGUUCAUCAACAAACAGACCCCACCAAGCCGGAGGUGAGGUUUCGCGGACGAAAGGAGACUGUUGGCAUACCGUGAUGAGCCGGUAUCCCCAAUAAUCGUGCAGGCUUGGGGCUUCACGAGGGAGAGGGAAGCGUCAAGCAAGACCAACACAUUCCCCAUUCGCGCAAGUACGGGAUUGGCUAGCAGUGGUUGGCCCUCUUUUCGGUGUUCACUAGUCACACUACUUGAUAAAAAACAGUUGGUUACUUCAUGAAUACAGUGUAUUGGCGGUACAAUCGGGACUCAGACAGACGGCAGAACAAAGGUGUCCAGACCAGCCAGCCCCCUUGCUGAGGCAGAGGUGUGCCCCACCACCAUGCUCCGGAGAUUCCCCGGAGCACACGCCGGGCUGUCAUGAUGCCAUUCCCCGCCGUUGUAUAGAUGGCCGCCGAGGAUCUGCACGUGGCACCCGCUUCUCGCGGCACGGUCGUGGAGUUGGUCUGCCUUUGGGUUUACACUACUUUUGGGCACGAACGAGGGAAAGCUGGCAGUGUCCCGUUUAAAUGUUCAGAUGGAGGCGGUGGCGGGUUUUGAUUUUUGGUAACCUUAUCAUAUUAUUGGUAGAUCGAAUGAUACGUUACAUGUUUCGCGCUUUAGUAGUUUCCUAUCAUGCGGAACGGGAACUUAUUUUGAUGUUGACGUGUGACUGGUAGUUUUGUAUGCCUGGUGUGCGGAAUGUUGUUAGACGCGGGUAUUGGAAGAGAGGCACACCAAACAUACAAUUCGCGUGGCCUCUUGGUGAAGAGCGCGUUGAUUGAUACCACUUGGUCUUGGUUCGCAUGAGCCGUAAGCUCCUUCGUUGAUUGUUUGAUUCGGGUCUGCGCGGUGUUCCGCGGUCAGUGCAAAUUGUGCAUCUUCGAGUCGAUCCACAAAGAAAGCGAAAGUUCGGGUCCGGCUGCAUGCCCUCUCGAAGAAAACAGUCUGUACUUCUGAGUAGACUGAUCAGUGCGAAAUGAUUCUGCUACGGUACCGGGCUUUGGGGACAGUUAAUCGUUGCGAGUACCCUCCACGGUACCGGGCUGUGGGGACAGUCAAUCGUUGCGAUUACCCUCCACACAUAACUUGUUGUUUCCCGGUCUUGAAGUAAUCCUGGAUGGAUGACUCUUCUCGUUUUCGAAUUGGAUUCACUGCGUAGUACGACUGCUGCGGCGCGUUUAUCCUGACAGCCAGGUUGCGGUAGCCAGGGCUUGCAGUCUUUGCCCGCUCGCUGCCAUGGUCCAAAAGAGAGAGAAAAGGUACCCGCGGUUUUCUUAUUGGUCGUCUAGCACAAAGGAAAUAGAAAGGAGGUGUCCCCAAGUUACCUAUCGGUUGGUUUUGGAAAGACGAAAAUAAUCUGCGUGGUGGAAAAUCCCUGGUCGGCCAGUGAUGUUAAGAAUGAUAGUCAAUUGUCUUCUCGUCGGGUGUUCCCAUGUUUCGCUGGUGAACUUCAACGAUUGCACGCGAAGAUCGUGCGUAAGGCUUCCUGUGAAACCUCGCUGAGGUGCCUCUGCCGA